AGUGUUGUUGAGAAGCUCCGAUUCAAAGUUCCUGAUCCCAAACAUGAGCGAGAGCGAGAAAGGCGGCGAGAUGGCCCGCCACCGGCGGCGGCGGGGUUCAGCGACGGUGGUCGCACACACCGGCGUCACGCCGAACAUCGGUGACAUCCUCUGGGAGAUCUUCCUCCGCCUCCCGCCGCAGCCCUCCUCCCUCCCGCGCGUCUCCCUGGUCUGCAAGCGGUGGCGUCGCCUUGCCGCCGACCCCGAAUUCCUCAUCCGCUUCCGCGCCCACCACCGGAAGGCGCCCCUCCUCGGGCUCUUCAAGGAGUACGGAGGAUGGGUCUCCUUUACCCCCGUCCUCGGCGCUCCGGACCGCAUACCUCGCCGGCGCUUCUCCAUGCGGAUCGACUACGGCGGCGGCGCCGAGACCCACCCCUUCCACGGCACCCUUCUCGGGUGUCGACACGGGCGCGUCCUCGUCGUCGACCCCAAGCGGCGCGAGGUCCUCGUGUGCGACCCAAUCACCGGCGACCAGCGACACGUCGCCCUUCCGCCGGAGUUUGGCACUUGUGGCGCUGCCCACGGGGCAGUGCUCUGCGCUGACGGCGACGAGGGACACGUGCACGGGGGCUGCCACUCCAGCCCCUUCAAGGUGGUGUUGGUGCAGGUUUCCUUCGGACCGGGGGUCCCCCACCCUUCGCCCGUGUCUACUCGUCGGAGACCGGCGUGUGGAGCGACCUCAUCUUGGCGGCGGAAGGAUGCAGAGGUUACGUCGAUUUCUCUCGGCCUUCCACCCUCGUUGGCAGUUCCCUUUACUGGUGGCUUCAUGGCCCGUAUUCGUAUGCCAUGCAACUAGUUGAGUUCGAUAUCGGUAGGCAGAGCCUAGCUGUAAUCAAAAGCCUUCCUGUGGGGGAUACUGUGAUCAUCCAGCCGGAGGAUGGCCGUGUUGGCUUCGCCAUGCUGUCCUACCCCAAUCUCCAAAUGUGGGACAUGAAGGACAAUUGUGGUGGUGUUGCCGCAUGGGUUCCCCGGAAGACCAUGAAUCUUGACCUGGUGCCGAAUAUGAGGGCCACGGAAGCUUCUAUAGUGGGGUAUGCUGAGGAUGAUGAUGCAAUUCUUAUAAAGUUCAACGAAAAUGUCUUCAUGGUUCAAAUCGAGUCAAUGCAGUCAAGAAAACUUUUUGAUUGCAUUGUGAGACACCAAUACCAUCCUUUCACAAGCUUCUACUCUUCAGGCGAGUUUGAUCGCUGCAGAGGUAUUGCUAGCAUGCCCGAGCGUGGUUCCAGCGAUCGAGCCACCGAAGUAGCAGGCUUCGACGACGCCUGCAGGAAACAAGGCUAGAACAGCAAGAUAGGCCAGCGCCAGGUUUGCUGGUUGGACCCAGAGCGGAUUCAUCAGGCUGCGCGGCGGAGGAGCCUGUGUGUCAGGAUAACGUCGAUACGUCUAGGAGAACCCGUAGAUACACCAUCAUAUUAUGUGCUCGGAACGCCCCACUUAUGUUGUUCUGAAAUGAUAUCAUGUUUGGUAUAGUAGUUCAGUAGUGCAAGUUACACCUGGGUUGUGGCUGUUAGUUGAGUAUGAGUAUGAUCAUCUUAUU